AUUAUGCUUAGAUUUAAAUAGUCCCACAGUCCAUACCAAUCAACUGACAAACGCUCUGAAAGUAAAAAAAGAACGCUCUGUUCAAAGUUGGAAAAGAAGGAAUGGCGACUUCACCACCUCAGCAGGUUGAUCAUCACUCUCUUCCCCCGCCUGUGGCUGAAGAACCUGAAUCUCUCCUCUCUUCUCUCGUUUUUGAUUUGUCACAACAUGUUCAGAUGGCAAUGGAGAAUAUGCUUAAGAUGAUAAACGAAAUUGAUCAAAACUCCUUGGGAGUAAUGGAAGAGGUAGAGAAGUGCAAAGAAUCUGCUCUUGAAAGGAAGAAAAGUUUGGAGGAAGAAAAGGAAAAGUUUCAGAAAGCUGCAUACACUGUUUUGGACAUGCUGAAUAGCAGAGAAUGAAAAUCGUAAGCCCUGUCCACAAACGGCAUUUUUGAAGGUAUAAAAUGUGAAGAGUCAAAUUGUCAUGUUGCCACGGAGCCGUUUACUUCUGAACCUAUCAGCAGUCCGAGACAUUAGCUUUUAAACUAUUUGUUUGAUAUAUAUACUGUGUUUUUAGUAUACUCUCCCAUCAUAUCUAGUUUCAGUUUGAGCUUUCCCCAUUCCAAGCUCCCAAAAUUUUAGGAAAUCUACAGGCAAAAAAUAAAACUUAUAUACUCUUCAAAUCUGUUGUUGUAGUUCGUAAGACCUUUUUUCGGAGUCAGUAGGAAUAUUAUGCUCUGAGUCUACAAAUGUUCCACCUACUUGUGCAUUUGUUAUUAAGUUCUCUGAUCAUUCUGAAUUAUACUUUUAGAAAAAGAUAA